GGGCUUCCGGCAGUGCAUCCUUUAGACGCCAACUGGAGGAACGCGUUGACCACGUAGUGGAAAUGCUCGGCGACAUCAGCACCUUCGCUGCGUCGACCACCAUCAGCAGUCAGCUGCAUACCUUGAAGACCGAGGUCCAGCAGUUGCAGUCGACGAACACGGAUGACAAUCCGAAGAUGUACAAGAUGCCAACUUUCCAACUGGACAAGUUCGACGAUUACACGCAGCAAGAUCCGGUCCUCUGGUGGGAAGCAUUCACAACGCAACUCAGGAUUCUGCCCGUAGCCAAACAUGCGUACAUCGACGCCCUGUUCCUGAACUCAAAGGGAGGAUGCCAGACCUGGUUGAGCCACCUGGCAACCUCCCACGGUGUCGACAUACCGGACUUCAAGGACAAGAUCACAUGGGAGGAACUGACACGGCUGUGGAAGAAGCGGUUCAUCGUCAACGACGCGCCGACACUCGCCAUCAACCAUCUGUUCACCAUGUCACAGGGCAACACUGCAACACGGGACCGGCUCACGGAGUGGCAGAAGAUUGCGGCAGUGCCCAAUCUGGACUUGGCAUUCAUACAUCUCAGACGUGAGUUCUACAACAGAUCCUGCGCUGCAUUGAACCAGGCUCCUUGUGAUCGCGAGCAGUACUCCACUUUCGCCGAGAUUAUCGACAAGGCGAGAGAGAUCAUCAAGACCAACAGGUCARYUGCACACGAGAAAUCAACAUGRCAGCCGACCUAUGUGGAGAAGGUACGAACUGGUCCGCGACARCAGCACUUCGCUGCAGUCCAGUMRGACAGUGGAGACAACCCAGCAGCCACUCCAGCAUCAAGUGACGGAGAUCAGGUGGCUGCUGUCCAGCCGCAAAGCAACAACAAGUCCCGCAACAAUGGGAAGGCGAAAUCCGCAUCGCAGGCCGGAAAUCGACAACCAGUACAAGUUCCAUGGGUCAAGUUCGGCUUGAUCGAGGCCGAGUACAAAGUCCUCGGCCGCUACGGCAGCUGCUAUUGGUGCAACAGCACCAAGCACAAGACCUCCCUGUGCCAGGAUCAAGGCAAGGAGGAUGUGCGACCCCGCCUCAACUCGGAAAACUGAGCUCCGCGGAAGGUGAGGCGACUCCACCUUCUACUCCGUCAGAUUCGGCCGCCUUGCUAGCAGCCUCCUGCACAUCAGGGGAGAACGCGAAUGUCGCAAGUUCU